CUUCCUCCUGACAUAAAUAAGGCCCCUCCCCCUUUCGUUUUCUUUUUUUAAUUUGAUGAUCCGGAUUUCUCUCUUGUUGCGUCCUCGAAUUCUCUCAAGGAAACAAUCAUAGUUUGGAUUAUCUUGUGUUCGGUCCUAUUUGCAACUCAUUCAGGAGGUGGAUGGACAGAGAUACAUAUCGUUGGAUUUUAGGUUUGACAUAUAUUUUUGCAAUUGCAGCAAUAUGGAUUGCUGCUAGUUAUAUAGUCCAAUCAGUCGAAGAUGCCGGUGUCUCUCCAUUCCUACUAACCUACAUUUGCAACUCUCUAUUUAUGAUUUACAUCCCUUUGGUUGAGAUUUCACGCUAUUUUGAUGAUUCGAGUAGAUCUAGUUGGAGUUGGUGGAAAACUGACGAUGACACGGAAUUGCAACAAGUUGAUUCCUUAGAGAAUGUACAUCUUAUACCAGAAGUAGAUCAUAAUUCAGAGUCUAACUCUUUAUUGAGUCCUAAUGGAGCUAGUAAAGAUUUGAGUGAUGAACUUGAUGCAAAAGGGCGGUGGACAAGAACUCGUGUGGCAAAAGUUAGCUUGUUGAUAUGCCCAUUUUGGUUCUUUGCACAGCUUGCUUUUAAUCUCUCCCUCAAAUAUACCACUGUGACAUCUAAUACCAUCUUAAGCAGCACUUCGAGCCUUUUCACUUUUUUGGUCUCUUUAGCAUUUUUAGGAGAAAAGUUUUCAUGGGUUAAGCUAAUUAGUAUCCUUCUCUGUAUGGGAGGAACUAUAAUAGUCAGCUUGGGCGAUUCAGAAAGUGGAACGAGUGCAGACGCAAAAAACCCUGUCGUAGGUGACAUUCUUUCUCUAGCUGCUGCUGCUACAUAUUCUAUUUAUAUCACUUUGAUACGAAAGAAAUUGCCUGAUGAGGGAGAAGGAGAAGCUCGAGCAAGUACAGCUCAAUUCCUCGGAUUCUUAGGGUUCUUCAACUUUCUGAUCUUUCUGCCUGUUGUCCUAGUACUGUAUUUGACGAAGGAGGAUGCCUUUGAUAGGCUCAAGCUUAAACAAUUCAGUCUCAUUGUGGCAAAAGGUCUAUUAGAUAAUGUGCUGAGUGAUUAUUUGUGGGUGAAAGCAACUCAGCUGACGACGACUACAGUAGCGACUGCUGGUCUCUCGAUUCAGGUCCCGAUUGCUGCCAUUGUUGAUUCGAUCACAGGACGAGCCCCUGGCUUGCUCGAGUACCUCGGAGCUGCUUUCGUCAUGGUAGGGUUUGCAGGGAUCAAUGUCCCUUCAGAUUCUUGUAGCCAAUCUCGAUCUCAAGCCACUAUACAAGAACAAGAAGGUGAAGAUAGUGUUAGUAUUGAAAUGGGGAGAACAUCUUGUACUUCUUAGUGAUAUUCUUUUGUUCAUAGGGCAUCUUGUUCAUGGUUUCUUGCAAAUUUAAGACAGAUCUGGAUAAAGCAUCUGUAGAGAACUUGAGUUUUUCACUUCUUCGUAGCUUUCUAAUGAAAUUUACUUGAGAUACUGUAUCAAUGUUCAAA